AUGUCUGCCGAACAGGACCGCGCCGAGGCCAUCUACAUGGCCAAGCUCAGCGAACAGGCGGAGCGCUACGACGAGAUGGUGUCGCAGAUGAAGUCCAUCGCGUCGCUCAACUCGGAGCUCUCGAUCGAGGAGCGCAACCUCCUCUCGGUCGCGUACAAGAACGUCAUCGGCGCGCGCAGGGCUUCGUGGAGGAUCGUCUCGUCCAUCGAGGGCAAGGAGGAGGCCAAGGGCAACACGUCUCAGGUCCAGGCGAUCAAGGCGUACCGCGAGAAGAUCGAGAAGGAGCUCGCCGACAUCUGCGAGGACAUCCUCUCCGUUCUCGAGAAGCACCUCAUCCCCUCGGCCGAGUCGGGCGAGUCCAAGGUGUUCUACCACAAGAUGAAGGGCGACUACCACCGCUACCUCGCCGAGUUUGCGACCGGCGACGUCCGCGGCAAGAACGCUGACGCGUCCCUCGAGGCUUACAAGAACGCCUCGCAGAUCGCUUCGCAGGAGCUCGCGCCGACGCACCCGAUCCGUCUCGGCCUCGCGCUCAACUUCUCCGUCUUCUACUACGAGAUCCUCAACUCGCCGGACAAGGCCUGCUCGCUCGCCAAGACGGCGUUCGACGACGCCAUCGCCGAGCUCGACACCUUGAGCGAGGAGUCCUACAAGGACUCGACGCUCAUCAUGCAGCUCUUGCGGGAUAACUUGACCCUCUGGACUUCGGACCUCUCCGAGGCUCCCCAAGACGCACCCAAGGCCGAGGACAAGCCCGAGCAGGCGCAGGCGACCGGCGAGGAGGCUGCCUGA